GCCCUCGGACCAUCCAAGUUCCAGCUUGCUGGCAGAGAUCCAGGGGGUGGGGCAUGAAAACCAUCACCUGCUUUGCAGGACCGAGAAGCUCAGGUGGUGCCUACACUUCCGUGCCUUUUUAAGCAUUACCUUGGUGGUUAUCAACCAGAUAUUUGUUGAGCGCAAGGCUGCCUGGGGGGCAGAUAAAGGCCCCAGCAUGUCUCAGCAAAGACGGGUUCGACUUUCGACAGAGAAGCCAACGAGCACCGUUUAUGUGCUGGGCACAGAAAUAUCCCUUGACGUUUGUGGGUCUGCCCCUGCAGGUGCCUAUGCGUUCCAGGUUCAGAAGACGCUGGGCGUGAACUACGUUGUCCGUGAUACAAACAUUUCGCAGGUGCCUUCGAGGGUACCCAGGUGGCCCCUGGACAUCGGAGUGGAGGUGGUUGUGGCCAUGAAACAAUCCAGCCGGAGAGUCAACGAGAGCAAGGUGACAAUUUCAUACUACAAGGCCAAUGAGGAGACGCCCAUGGCCAAGGCUGUGCUCCUGCUCACUUGCGUAGAGAUUUCCCUGGAUGCAGAUUCAAGCCGCUCAGGAACCGUGACAAAGGAAGUUGAAAAUAAGAAAGAGUGGACAUGGGGCCCAGAAGGCAGUGGAGCGAUCCUCUUGGUGAACUGCGACAGAGAUUGCCUCAGAGUAAAGGACAUGGACAACCAAGAUGAUAAAGUGGGGUCGGAAGAAGACCUCAAAGAUAUGUCCGUUAUGAUUUUGACAACCCGUGGACCUGACAUUUUUGAGAAGUAUCAACUGGUUCUCCACGUCUCAGCGUCUGAAAAUGAUAAAGUGAGGGUCUUCCAUGCUCAAGAUGGAAAGCCAGUGAGCCAAUACCCGGUAGUCCUGGGGCCAAAGAAUGCCUCCUACAAGGUGAAGGGUGGUAGAAACCAAGAGGCGGUUUUCUAUGUGGAAGGGCUGGCCUUUCCAGAUGCCAACUUCUCGGGCCUGGUGUCGUUCCAUGUCACACUGCUGGAGAACCCACCUGAGGGACAGAAAUUUCCUGCACCUCCCAUUUUCAGCGACACUGUGGUUUUCCGGAUUGCUCCCUGGAUAAUGACCCCCAACACCUUGCAACCGAGAACAGUUUAUGUCUGCAGUGUAACUGACAAUGCUGACUUUGUGAACAAUGUGACGGAGCUUGCUCAAAGCAAAGGCUAUGAUGGUUUGGUGGAAGACGUGAAGAAACUUCACAGAAAGAGCAAGUACAGCGACUUAGUGUCCGAGGUGUGCAAGCUGGUCAGGAAGACCAAAAACAGGGACUUUGUGGCAGCUGUGAACAAGCUUGCCAGGGAGAGCAAGAACAUGGACUUUGUGGAGGCUAUGAAGGAACUUGCAAGCAGGACUGGCUGUGCUCUGAUCAUCUGUGAAGGAGAAAAAAACCAGGGAGAUCGCUGGAUCCAGGAUGAGAUGGAGAUUGGCUACGUGCAAGCUCCCCACAAAGGGUUCCCCGUGGUCUUUGACUCCCCCAGAAAUAACAAGCUGAAGGAUUUCCCAUUUAAAGAUGUUUUGGGCCCAGAUUUUGGUUAUGUGAAACGAGAGCGAGCUGGCGAGACAGCCUCUGCGCUUGACUCCUUUGGGAACCUUGAGGUCAGCCCCCCGGUGACCGUCAGGGGCAAGCAGUAUCCCCUGGGGAGAAUUCUCAUUGGGAGCUACAUCUCCAGGGAGGAAAACAGACAGAUGUUCAAGUUUGUCCGGGACUUCCUCUAUGCCCAGAAAGUGCAGUCUCCCGUGGAGCUGGAUUCUGACUGGCUGGCGGUGGGGCAUGUGGAUGAGUUCUUGGCCUUUGUUCCAGCUCCUGAUAGAAAGGGUUUCCGGCUGCUCCUGGCCAGCCCCAGCGCCUGCUACAAACUGCUGAAGGAGAAGGAACAGGAGGGCUACGGAGACGCUCUCAUGUUUGAAGGGAAAUUGGACACUUGCGAUCAGGUCAAAAUAAAAUGUAUCCUGAAUGAUCAAGAACUGAGGAGCAGCAAUGAAUAUUUCCAGAAAAGUAUCGAUUGGAACAGAGACAUCCUCAAAGCAGAGUUGGGACUGACUGAGGAAGACAUCAUUGAUAUCCCCCAGUUGUUUAAACCUGAUCCGGCUGAGGAAACUCCUGGCAAAGCUGUGGCUUACUUCCCUGACAUGGUGAACAUGCUGGUUCUGGAGAGACACUUGGGCAUCCCUAAACCCUUUGGGCCCAUUGUCAACAAGGAGUGCUGCUUGGAAAGGGAAGUCCGGCGGCUACUGGAGCCACUGGGCUUGUCCUGCACCUUCAUUGAUGACUAUAAAGCUUACCACCAGAAGCUCGGCGAAAUCCAUUGUGGCACCAACGUCUGUCGGAAGCCUUUCUCCUUCAAGUGGUGGAACAUGACAAUGCCUUGAGGCAGGGUGGAAGGAUUCCCUGCGCUCCAAACAGGAAAGGAGGACAUUGAAAGAGCUGCUGUGUAGCUUCCCCCGAUCUUGUAGAUCCCAAGCCGUAAUUUACUUGGGAAUCUCAUUUGAUUGGGAACAUGCAAAGGUGUUUGGAUAGACCAUCUUGUUUUCUUGCAAGUGCUGAUGUUCCCUUUAUCCUUAAAAUCAAUUAUGGAGAGUCAUUGGUGGAGACUACUAUAAAGUCAUACCUGACCUGUGAUGACUCUGGUGGGGUUUUCAUAGCAAGAGACUAACAGAGGUGGUUUGACAUUGCCUAGCUCUGUCUUCAUUGGAGGUCUCCCAUCCACUUACUAACCAAGGCCAACCCUGCUUAGCUUUCAGGAACUGGCAAGAUCAAGCUCUCCUGGGUUAUCUAGGUCAGAGCAUUGAUAGCCAUUAAUACAUGUUUAUUGCCAACCCUUAACAAUCCAGACUAGAGAUUACCUCAAGGGGCUACAGUGAUGCUUCAUUCCUUGGGUACUAAUCUGUUUGGAGGAAGGGAGUUGUAAUAAAUAAGGAGUCUUGCGGCCUGCAGUCCUUCAUUCUGGCUCAAACCAGCGUAGGCUGGCUGACCACUGCCUACGACCACAGAGGCUGGGGUCGUGACCGGUGCUGCUACUGGGACGAAUGGCUCGCCUCUUGGACUUGUAUCAAGGCUGGCCCUUGGAAGCCUUCGUGGCCACUGAGGGAGAGGAAGGGCUGGCAGGCAGGACACUUGGCUUGUAGCCCUUGCAGCGUCAACCUGCAAAGGCCCAGCCUGGGGGCUGAAGCAGGUGACCUGAAGGGCCAGUCUGGAAUGUGGGCACAACGGGCGGGCACACUCCUCUCUCCUCCCGCCCCUAUAAUGUGUGCCUCAAGACCUCUAGGAACCACAGAGCGACACGGGUGAAACGUGUAAUUUUCCUUUUUUAAAAACUGGGUAAUUAUAGGAGAUUCUAUACCUCUGUUGAUCUUUUGAAUGUAUGUGUUUGUGUAUAUCUUG